AUGUCCAACGAUCGUACCUCCCCCAUCUCGGUCCCAAAUGCGGAGAACCGUCCACGUCGUGGUUCCCUCGCCGACAUCUUCUCCAAGCCGAGUAACCCAUCCAACACUCAGGCUACAACCCCACAGUCCAACCAGCGUCGACUGUCAAUUACCACGCUAGGCCUCUCGGGGCCCCCCACCCAGACGUCCGCCUUUGGCAACCGCAACUUCCGUCGAGGUAGCCUAUCUAGCUCAAUGGGCUCCAAUGUUCCAGCUGAGGAUGCCCUCGAGGACGAGCAAGGAUCAGGAACUUCGCCCAACUCGCAGUUUGGGAGACGUGUCUCAUUUGGUGCACAGGCCCUGCGUGAUGCUCGUGCAGGAAGCAUAGGCAAUGGUAGAAACUACCCCCCUCCAUCUGCUGUAGGCCCACGCCGUUCUCCUCCGGCCGGCUCAGCCCUCGCUACUACCAGAUCUUCCGCAAGUACUUCAACGUCUCCUCUGGAUGGGACUAACGCAUCACGACGACCCUUAGGCGAAGGCUUUAACUGGUCAGAGGCCCUCCGCUCUCGUGCCGAGCGUGCCCCUUCCAUCGGCGGCCCUGUCUCCCCGCAGGCAGCUCAACGUUCCGGCUACCACCAGCGUGCCGCUUCCAUCGCGUCGAUGGAACAGCCUAGCCGGGAAAUGCCCCGUCAGCCUAAGCAGAACAAACCGGAUUUCUUCCAGGAGAAGAUCUUGAGAGGUGAUUUCAUGGACUAG